AGCAGAAAGUAUAUCGUAUACUACUGUUGUUAACAGUAUAAAUAGAUUCUCUAUACAUGAUGCAUUUAAACGCCAUUCUUAAUCCUUUUUUUCAAUAUCGGUAGACCCGCAUGUUAUGUCAUACUUCCUACUAUUCUACAUUAAUCUAUUUCCCACUAUAUGCGAACGUUCACAUAUCGACCCGGUUCUUAUUCUGCACUUCCAUAAGGGGGAAAGUUUGCAGUUAAUGAAGUGAAACAAGCGGUUCUACCAUUGGACGAUGGCGAGUACCGACAAAAGAGAGUGGGAAUAUUGAAAUUUCCAGAGAAAAAGUGAGAAUUCUGCGAAAUUUAUUGUUUGAGAUCGACGUGUGAGGUUGCACCAAAAGUGGGUACGGCGAAGAUGGGAUACUACUUGGGCAUCGUAGUCGUACUGGGUUUGGUACUGCUCGUGGAAAGUGGUGAAGCUAAGCAAAAUAUUACCAGUAACAAAUGUGAUAUCCCUCCUUCGGCACCUAAAAGAAUAGAAGAGGCUAUCAACUCGUGUCAAGAUGAAAUAAAAAUUGCUAUUUUGUCAGAAGCUCUUAGUGCCCUCAAUGCUAAUGACCACCAUCCAAAGAACCGUGCAAAAAGGGCAACUUUCUCCAAUGACGAAAAACGUAUAGCAGGCGUAAGUACUUUCUAA